AUGGCAAAGUGGAACGCCGCGAGUCUCCGAUGGAAGGGCGGCGUUCCCUUCUUCUCCUCCGUGUCGGUGUUUUGCUGCUGCGUCUGUGGAGUUAAACUCGUCCUGUUCCCCACAUCACAGAGCACCGUGAGGAGGAUCAGAAUAAAGUUCCUGACCUUCAACUUUACAGAUGAGAAAGCUCCUGGUGUGCAGCUGCUGCGGCUUCAGCGGCGCAGUCACCCGUUGUGCUCUGAGUGUCCUGAGGGAACCUCCCUUGGCCUGAAGUGGGAUAUCUCUGAGAAACACUGUGGAGAUCCCCAGCGGCUGUCAGAGAGAGGCACUGUCAGACUGUAG